ACACCCAGUGACGUUGACGGUGGUCGCUGCUGCACAUUAACUUAGGGUUUCUGACUGUAGCCCCAAUGCAAUUGUCUUCUAAAGUUGGAGAAGGUUUGGUUCGCAAAUUCCUCUCUCUCUUUCGCAAUGGCGAAAAAUAGAAACAAGAAGAAAAGAGAUAGCUCUGCUAUGGAAGUAACGGAAGAUUUGGUUUCCGAUGUCCCUCAAGCAAUGGACACUUCAGAGACUGGAGCUCGAAACGUGGCCACCGUUUCUCCCAAUAUGAAGGUAAAGAAGGGAAGACCAAUGAAGAGGUCCAAAAAUGUCCGGAAGAUGAAAUCCAUAGCGAAAGCAAUAUCUAAGAGCGAGAAAACAGUUGAGAAAGUUUUGAAGCAUGACGACAAAAAAUCGAGAACACAGUCUGCCAAAUUGCUAUACGAGUAAAGAGCUACUAUUUUGUAUUAAGGGAUUGCAAGAAGUUAGUUUUUCGUGUCAAAUUCUCCUAUUAUUUUUUCUGAUGAUUAUUAUUAGUUUAUAUAUAUAUGCCAACUUGUCAAUGCUA